GCUGGAUCGAAAGCUCAAGCUGGUGAUGGCACGUUUCAUUUGAAUGCAGCAGUCUACAUAAACCUUCUCUCUUUAAUCUGCCGCCUAUAUAUGUACGCAAUACACUCACAUUUCAUCUCUAAAUCAAACUUAAAACAUGACCAUGGCUUUAAGGAAUGCUUUUCUUUUGCUGUUCUCUUGUAUUCUUGCAAUUUCCUUCUCUGUUUGGGCGCGACCAGCCACUUUCCUUGAAGAUUUUAGAAUCACUUGGUCUGAUUCACAUAUUAGGCAAAUUGAUGGAGGGAGGACCAUCCAACUUGUUCUAGACCAAAACUCAGGAUGUGGAUUUGCUUCCAAAAGGCAGUAUUUGUUCGGACGUGUCAGCAUAAAGAUCAAGCUCAUCCCUGGUGACUCUGCAGGAACAGUCACCGCCUUUUAUAUGAAUUCUGAUACAGAUACUGUAAGAGAUGAACUAGAUUUCGAGUUCUUGGGAAACCGUAGUGGGCAGCCUUACACUGUCCAAACCAAUAUCUAUGCUCAUGGAAAGGGUGACAGGGAACAAAGGGUUAACCUUUGGUUUGAUCCUGCUGCAGAUUUCCAUACUUACACAAUCAUGUGGAACCAUCAUCAUAUUGUGUUCUAUGUUGAUGAAGUGCCCAUCAGAGUUUACAAGAACAAUGAAGCUAGAAAUAUCCCAUAUCCAAAAUUGCAGCCUAUGGGAGUGUAUUCAACACUGUGGGAAGCCGAUGAUUGGGCCACAAGAGGAGGCCUGGAGAAAAUUGAUUGGAGUAAAGCUCCUUUCUUAGCUUACUACAAGGACUUUGACAUUGAAGGAUGUCCGGUGCCAGGGCCAGCAAACUGUGUCUCAAACCCGGGGAACUGGUGGGAAGGCACUGCUUAUCAAGCCCUCAAUGCCAUGGAAGCUAGAAGAUACAGGUGGGUUCGUAUGAACCACAUGAUCUACGAUUACUGCACCGACAAGUCCCGAUACCCAGUUACCCCACCGGAGUGCAUGGCUGGAAUCUGAAUGCUAUCCAAAGUUUCCAUAUCCAACCCAUCAAGUGUCCAGAAUAUUGAUAUACCAUACGUUUCAUGUCAUAGACGUACAUGCCUCGCUUUGUACGAUAGCGAUAUGUAUGUUGUAAGAGAGCCAUGCAAAAUUGGGGUUAUAAAGGGUAAUUAGUUAUCCUUGUGUGCAUAUAAUUGUGAAGUGAAAGGUGUUGAUUCGUGGAAUAGGCAAAGUCAAUUUCUAUUUGUAGACAUGUAUUUGUCUGUAUUUGGUGCAUAUUAUUUUGUGCCCAAUAAAAGCUUUCGUCAAAAUGAUAAUUUAUUAAUUUAACUUUAAUUUUUUUUAUUAUUAUAGAAUCUCUUUUUUUAUA